UUAAUAAAAUAUAUAAAGAAGUUAAAAGUGAUCGUGUAUAUUUUGGAGAAGUGAUGAUUUAGAUUUGUGUGAAAAGUUUUUGGAUUGACAAUGACUGUAGAGUUAUUAAAUUUAUUGCAGUAUGAAACAAAUACAGUGAAUACAAAAAAUGACAAUCAUUGGGAAAGAAGAAAAGCAGCUUUAAGGACGAGGCGACAUGGACAGCACAAAGCGAGGAGACGGAGACAGAUCGAGUCCGUCUCGUCCGCCACAGACGCGGUUGUCACAGACUCCGCAUUAGCGCAGCCGUCGCGCAUCUCCGCCGGUGAGAGCGGUACCUUAGAAUGGAGCGGGGCGACCGGUGGGCUGCCUGCCGAGGUGGUCCUGCGACUGCACCCCCCACAGACCACCCUCAGAAGCAACAUCUCCUCCAUGUCCAACUCCAGUGAGACUAGCAAUGGCAGCGGUGUAGUUGUACGGGCAGAAGAAGCCCUCAUAGUAGCCUUCGUCCUCCUGCUAUGGGUGGCGGCCAUUGCUCUGUUCUUCAACCGUUGGGGCAAGAUAAGGUGCGUCUAUAAACUGAUGCUGGAGCCGUAUCAGCCCAAGUUCCAACAACAACAUCGGCAGAGCUGCGCGCUGGCCGAGAGCUCAGUGGUUGUGGCGCCACAUCACCGAGCGUCUCUAUCGCGUGGCUGCCUGUCGUAUGACUGCGGUGUAGGCUUUCCGGCCUACCAGCCGUGUGGAUACCUUCCUCAUCGUCUUAGACAGAACUCCGUCUUCGUCGGCAGCAUGGGCGGCAUGGCGCUGAUCCCCGAGAGCCCUCCGCGGCGCUCGCGCUCCGUCGCCGACCUCCCCGUCCUUGUAACCCCCUCCGACCCCCCGCACGCCACCCCCCGCUCCUCACGCGCCGCCAGCCUGCACAGCGCCGUAGAUCUCCGGAUCUGCGUACCUUCCCCGCGGGCAUCCAGAGCAGCAAGCCUACAUUCCUCAGUCGACAUGCCGGGGUCCGUCCAAGUACACAUUCGAGGGUCUGGGGGUAAUCUGAAUAAGCCCAGGAGUCCAAGACGGCUGACGAUAACUAAUGUGUGAGAUCAGCCCGUUCUGCAGUCCGAGAGGUAUUAAGCUGGUCGAACUGAUUUAAGAGGGAAUCUUUAUCAGUUUGGUUAGUUCAUGAAGUGAAGUUUGUUCCUUUUGACUGCUUUCGCAGUGUAAUACCUACCUAUAAUUGGUGUCACUGUCAUGGGAGCUACUCUUUUAAAAUAACCUAAAAACUAAAAAUAUAAUAUCAACGGGUAGGAAAUAAUGUGUUAUAUUCUCAGAAAUCAGUCAAAAAACUGUCACAAAAAUUGCAAAUGUCUUUAUUU